GAGCAGUGUUUCACUAAAGUACUGAAAACUAAAAAAAAAACUGCGUGUGGAAAACGCUGGCAGCGCAGCGUUUUCAGUUAAUUUUACGUGCGAUAUAUUUGAUUUAUAAUUGUUAACGUGCAGUGUGUUUAUGCGUAUGUUAAGUAAAAGUGCGAACUCAAGAAACAAACAAACAUGUUAUAAUCGGCCUACGUAAAGUAGACAAACGUUGUUCUACUUUAUCCACAUAACGCGCACACGCACACAACCACUCACCCUCACACACACACACACACACAUACACAUACACACACACACACACACGCGCGCUUUAGUUGCGCUGCCGCUGAGUGACAACAGCUGCCGCUGCCUCCUCUCUGCCUUUGUGGCGGUGUUGGUGGUGGUCCCGCAGUCAAAAUGUCGGACAUUAACGACGAUCUGCUCAACUAUGAGUUAGGCCUGGGCGAUGACAUUGAUGACCAGGCGCUGCUUGGCGCCGACGAGGAUGAGCUGCUGCUCUCCGAUGAGGAGCUUGAAAAGGAUGUGACCAGCGAGGUGAAGCAGCAGAUGCGCGCCGAGGCCGAGGAAUGGGCACAGGAGCAGCUGCGCAAGCACAAGGAACAGCAGGCGGCAGCAAAACUCCAGCAGCAACAGCAGCACCAGCACCAGCAGGAGAAUACAAUUGGCAUUGAAAAUGCCGCUGCUGAGCAACCAAAGCCGCAGGCAGCAACCAAAGAAACGCGAGCUGCUGUUGUGACUGCAGCCGAGACAAACCCAGAGCCAAUUGCUAGCGAAACAGCGCUCCAGGUCACUGAACUGGCUGCAGACACACCAAGAGCAACAUCAACAUCAACGUCCACAUCCACAUCAGCGGGCGGUGAGCAAGUGCGGCACGAAGCGAUUAGGAAACCGGAGACGGAGCACAGGCCUGCCGCAAAGCCAGCAACGGAUAGCAGUCAGACUGUGAACAAUGGCAGCAGUGCUGCCAACAAAGUGGAGCACAAGCCGGAACCGGUGCCGGUACCGAAACCGGAGACAGAGUUAGGCGAUGCCGAAAUACCGGACGGUGGGCUCACCUCACUGCUGGCCUCCUCGCAGGAGAGCUUGCCCAGCGCUAGCUCCGCCUCCGCCUCCGAGCUGGCCGAUCCGCGCGAGGACGACGACGAGCGCGAGGAGCGCACCAAUUUCAAAACGGCCAGCGAACGCUCCGACAACCAAAAGCAGCAGCAGCAACAGCAACAGCAUUCGAUGCAGCAACAGAUGCAAAGGCGUCACCAUCCAGACAAACCGCGCAUGGGCGGCUCGGGCGGACCUCGUUUUAUGGCAGGCAACAACAACAACAACAAUAAUAACAACCAGAACCAGAAUAACAAUAAGCGCGUGAUGGGCGCACGACAUCAUCUGCUGCGCAAUCCUGGACCGCACAUGUUCAAUCCGCCGCGGAUGCUGGGCGCCAUGCCGAUGGCCCGUUUCCUGAUGCCGCCGGGCCAAUAUGCACCACCACAACCACCGUCAGCACCCACACAACAACAACAACAACAACAACAGCAACAGCAGCAACAACAACAGUCGCCAUACAACACAAACAAUGCAGGUCCUGUUCCCACCGCUGGUCCCGGUCCCGGUUCCUCUCCAUCCCCGCAUCUACACAAUCCUCAUAUGCUGCACCAGCAACACAACAACAACAACAACAACAACAAUAAUAAUAACAACAACAAUAACAACAACAACAACAAUAAUAAUGUCGGUGGUGGCGGUGGUCCCAACGGCUUGCCACCACCGCAUCUAUUGCCGCAUCCGCACUCGCAUUCGCAUCCGCAUGACCAGGUGCGCGUGGGCCUGCUGCAGCCCCCGUUGCCAUUGCAAUUGCCGUAUGGCAAUGCCGGUUAUCGCAAUGGCGCUCUGCUUGGUCAGGGACCACAUCCGCCGCCAGUUGCGCCACAUUCGCCGGGAAUGCGUCCACCACAGCCCUAUCGUAAUGCACCGCCUCCCGGCUAUGGACCUCCGCAUGGACCAGGCUCUGGACCUGGUCCUGGUCCUGGCCCGAGCGGACCCGGGCCCGGCUAUGAGCCGCAUCUGGGCGGUCAGUAUAUGCGACCGCACAACGGCUGGCGGCCACAGGGCGAUGCGCCUGGCUCGCGCAUGCCACGACCCCCGUUGCAGGCAUUGCCCCAGCAUUUGAUGUCCAGCGGGCCCAGCUAUAUGAAUGGCAUGAAUAUGCGCGCUCCGCCCCCGCAUCUACAGCAGCAGCAGCCAAAUCCUGGACCGCCUGGCGCGCCCACUCAAGCCCAACAACAGGCAGCGGCACAGGCCUCAGUACCUGGCGGUCCCGGCUCCCAGCAGCAGCAACAGCAUCAGCAGCAUCAAUCGGUGCCGCCCUCAGCGGUACCACGGGGCGUCGUCAGCAAGGUGCUGAUCAAUCCGAACUUCAAGGGCGGCGUCGAGGCGGCAACCAACAAGUUCAUCAAGGAGACACACUUUGUGCCGGCCAUUAACAGCGAUGCGGAACUGCUGCGCCAACAAGAGGAGUUCAUCAACAAGAAUCGCCAAUACUUUGAGAAGCGUCGCAUGGAACGCUCACCGCCGCCGCCCAGUUCCAACUCAGCGGCGGCACUGUCUGGAGCGCAGGGUGAGCGACGGCGCAGUCGUACACGCAGCCGUUCGCGGGGACGCAGCUACUCACCGUUGCCGUCCUCUCUGAAGCGCACUGAUCGUGAACGUGAACGGGAUCGCGAUAGGGAGCGGGAUAGGGAGCGUGAGAGGGAGCGAGAGCGUGAACGUGAACGUGAACGUGAGAGGGAACGAGAUCGGGAGCGUGAUCGUUAUGGUGGCGGUAGCGGAGGCGCUGGCGGAGGAGGAGGCGGCGGCGGAGGUGGAAGCAGCGGUGGAACACGUCCAACAGCCGGCGGUGGCAAUCGUGGCUAUCGACGCGCCGCCAGCAGGGAGCGCGAUGAGAAUCGCGGUGGAACCGGUGCCGCAGCGCCAAAACGUCGUCGCAGCGGCUCACCAAAUGCGCCGCGCAAUCCCUUCUCGGGCGAGCCGCGCAACCGGCCCGCAGAGAGCAGCGCCAGUGGCAGUCGCAUCUUGCCCAGCGACGAGGACGAGGAGACGCGCGCCUAUCGCCUCGAGAUCGAGAAACAGAAGCAGCUGCGCGAGAAGAUCAUGCGUGACAAGGAGCUGAAACGGCGACGCGCCGCCGAGGAGAAACUGCAUGAGGAAAAGCGCGCCGAGCAGCACAGUCCGGCACCACGUGAGGAUCAAGAGGCAGCCAGUGGACAGGCGGCGAGCACAGCGCCAAGCAGCGCACAAAAACAGCGCCAGGCAGCGCUGGGCAGCGAGCGCAAGGUUAUCUCAUUGAAGCGUCGCGAUGACUCCGAGCCGAGCACCGGCCGCAGCAGCCGGCACCAGUUGCAGCAAGUGCAGCAGCAGCAGCAGCAGCAACAGCCAGGUACGGGACGCAAACAGCUAACGGCGGCAAAGAUUGCGCCGGAGGCGAAGCGCAGCAUAACCGAUCAUUUGGCGCCCUCGAGCAAACAGCAGCAUCAGCAGCAGCAGGCGCAGCUAGCUGGAUCAGCGAUGUCAGGUCGAGCCGCUGGCGGCACACCGCCCACAAGCAGCAGCAGCAGCAGCGCCAAUAAGGGCAUGCUGCGCCUGGGCACGCCCAGCGACGAUGAGGUGGAGCUGGACUAUGACGAUGAUGGUCUGCUGCUGGAGGAGGAGGAGGAUCGGCUGCUGGCCACGCCAUCGCCGCCACCGCCGCUGUUGCGUGCCGUUAAGCGGUCCGCCACACCGGAGCUGCUGGUGGUCAAGCGCAAUCACAAAAUUGUGCGCAGUAGCGGCGCGACGUCGGCAUCGGGUGCCAACUUUGGACCCGGCCAACGGCGUGUAGUCCUUAAGCCGACCUCCAGCAAUGGCAGCAGCGGUGGCGGCGGCGGCGGCGGUGGCUCUGAACAGCAAUCCUCGCACAGCAGCAGCGGCAACAGGCAACGAGAGCGUCGCCAGCGCGAGGAGCAGCAGCUAACGCAGCGCAAGGGCGGCGGCAGCAGCAGCAGCACCGCUGGAACGUCUGGAGCUGGUGGCGGAAUCUUUGAUCGUUUGGAAAAGCGACAAGCUUCAACUGGCGGAGGCAGCGGCAGCGGCGGCAAACAACGCAGCAAAGCGCCAACGCGAAUUGUCCUCAAGCAUGAUUAAGCCGCAGCCGCAGCAACAGUAGCAGCAGCAGUCUACUUGGCGGCAGGCGACGACGCCGCGAGGAACUAAUCCGUAAAGCGCCCUAAGCGCCAAUCCGUAUUAAGCAUAUAUAGAUAGACGACAUAUAUAUAAAAGAUGUUAUGUGUAUGUUAAGAUAAA